GGUUCCAGCCCACAAUUUUCGUGAGCUUUGCAAAGCAUAAAUUUUGUUUCCUAAAUCCCUGAAAAGCGGCAGCCGGUUAAACUUGCACAGCGAUGGAGGAGAGCGAGGGCGAUCAUCCACCUGAAAUGCAGCAAGUCAGCCUUGAUCACAACGAUGAUUUGUUUCAGUCGGCAUUGCAGGAAGAGGCGCCUUUGGACAACAACUCUGACAUUUUCGCCGAGGAAAGUGUGACGAGCGACCCCACAGGCCAGGCGCCGAUUCAGCAGAGCGGCGUACCAACCAGUCUUCCUUCCAGCAGAAUGCAUAGAGUUACGACUGCAGAGUUGCAGCAACAUGGUGCAAAUGGCGAUGACCAGUAUGUACGGGUCUCAAUCACCGAGCCGCAAAAAAUGGGCGAGGGCAUGGGAGCUUACAUGGCCUAUCGAGUCUCCACUCAGACCAACAUGCAGUUCUACAAGAAGUCCAAUUUCAGCGUCUACCGUCGGUUCAGCGAUUUCCUAGGGCUGCACGAUAAAUUGACUGAAAAGUAUCUCCGCUCAGGAAGAAUCAUUCCACCUGCUCCUGAGAAGAGCAUGAUUGGUUCUACCAAAAUUAAGAUGUCCAAUCAGUCGGACCAGGGUGCAUCAGCUGACUUCAUCGAAAGGCGAAGAGCAGCUUUAGAGCGGUUCAUCAACCGCACCGCCAACCAUCCAAUCCUUCGAGUCGACCCAGACUUCAGGGACUUCUUAGAGUCAGAACUUGAACUCCCUAAAGCGACAAACACAUCUGCCUUGAGUGGUGCUGGGGUGAUCAGGCUGUUUAACAAAGUGGGAGAAACUGUUAACAAGAUCACCUAUAAAAUGGAUGAAAGUGAUUCGUGGUUCGAGGAGAAGGUGCAGCAAGUGGAAAACCUAGACGCGCAGCUGAAAAACAUGCUGACGCGGGUGGAGGCUCUGGUGUACCAGCGUCGCGAGCUGUCGCAGUGCACAGCUAGCUUUGGCAAGAGCGUUGCCAUGCUGAGUAAUUGCGACGAACACAACUCCCUGUCGAGGGCGCUUUCGCAGCUAGCUGAGGUGGAGGAGAGGGUGGAGCAUGUGUACGCGGAGCAGUGCAAUGCUGACUUUGGCAUUCUGUGCGAGCUGCUGAAAGACUACGUCGCCUUAGUUGGUGCGAUCAAGGAUGUGUUCCAUGAGAGGGUGAAAGUGUACCAGAAUUGGCAGCAUGCCCAGGUCGUGCUCAACAAAAAACGGGAAGCCAAAGCCAAGUUUGAAAUUAUGGGCCGGACUGAUAAAAUCAACCAAGCCAACGAUGAAGUUGUGGAGUGGGAGUCGAAAGUCGAGCGGGGCCAAGAGGAGUUUGAGAAUAUCAGCAGGAUGAUAAAGAAGGAGCUGGAGCGCUUUGAACUGGUUCGCAUCCAAGAGUUCAAAGUCACUCUCAUCAACUACAUUGAGAGUCUCAUGCAAAAUCAGCAGCAGCUCAUCCAGAUCUGGGAGUCAUUUCUGCCUGAAGCCAAGGCAAUCGCUUAAUGUGAUUUGAAGGAUGCAAGGACAACACCUUGCAGCGCCAUUCUACCCUUUUGUUAUCUCAGAACCGAAGAAAUUGCUAUUUUUUUCUAUUAUAAACGUUGAACUAUUACUCUUAUGUUUGAAUAACUAUCGUCAAAUUUAUUCAAUACUGAAGUCUUAUUGAUCUACUCAUAUUUUGUACUGCUACAUACUACAUUCAAAUGUAUAAAUAGCUUCUUCAAUGCAAUAAAGUCAUGGUUAAUUUGUAAA